AUGGAAUGUCAAGAAUUUAUUGUCCUAUAUACUCAUCAAAAGAUGAAGAAGUCCAAAGUGUGGCAAGAUGGAGUUCUGAAGAUCACUCACUUAGGCAACAAAGCAAUUUUAUAUGAUGACAAAGGAGCAUGUUUGGAAAGUCUGUUUCUUAAGUGCCUUGAGGUGAAACCUGGAGAUGACUUGGAAAGUGAGCGGUAUUUAAUCACAGUUGAGGAGGCUAAGGCUGUUGGAAGCAAAGCUGUUGAACCGGAUGGCUCUAGAGAAGCACUGGAGUCAGGUCCAAGGACACUGGUAUCCUCCAGCCGGUCUCUUGGGUGUCAGCCCUCUGGCUUAAAAAGGAAGGCUACUGGUUUUCAAAGACCAUAUAAGAUGCCAAAGAAAGUGACUGAGAACAGUGAACCAGCUGCCUCACUUGGUGAUGUGAACCCUGGCCCGCCUGGCCCGAGACUUCUUCCCCCAUUCUCCAGCACACUUCCUUUGUUUCCCACUGUUGGUCAGAAAGAUUUAACUCCUGUGUCAGCGGAUAAUGAGAGUUCCCUCACAUUCAGGGACAGAGAGAGAAGUGACACACUUCUUUCUUCAUACUUCAAGAUUAACUCAGACACUCUAGGUAAAGAGGACAAGCUUUGCUUUCCUGUCAGUUCUGAAACCAACCCUUCAGACUCUUUACUGGCCAGUGAACCCAGGAGAAGAAAUGGGUUAGACUCUCACUGUCCUGGAGUUUCACAAAACGUCAGAAGCAAAGCCCAGAUACUAGCUCUUCUGAAGUCCAGCUCAACUAACAGGAAGGAUCUGCAUGGUGAGAUUACAGGACACUUUCCUAAGAGAGAACCACAGGGGGCACUGAAUAUUACUUCUAAGCCAGAGGAAGACUAUGCAGAAACACAGAGCAUAGGAUAUUUACGCUGUGAGCAGCAGUCAGAAAAUCCUACAAGAAUCACAAGCAGGUGGGCCAGGUAUUUACCUUCCCAGAGAUCACCUCCCUGUUCUGCUAGAGAUGAGAAUGAUACAGAGGACAAACCGGAAGCCCAAGAAGAUGUGAACGUUUUUAACUUGUCUGAACUUUUGUUACAAAAAAAGUCAGAGCUCUUUGAAACAUGUACCGAAAAGGGAGAAUUAUACAGUGAGGACAAGCCAGUAGAUAAUAAUUGCCAAUACUGGAAUCAGGAAGAAAACUUAGCACCUUCAUUCUGUAAGAAAAGCAGUGUACUGGUUAGCUGCAGCAGUAAAGAGAAUGCCAAUUUAUUAUCAGAAUCUGACAUUCAGGACAGUAGCAAGGUACCUUUUAAUCAACAUGAGAAGGUGUGGAUGCAAGGGUCACUUUGCACUGGAGAAGGUUCUCAGGGGACAGAUGCGGAUGCAGCAUUGGAACCGGAGUAUAGACCAGUGUCACCGUUGCCAGAAACAGAACAUAAACAAAUUGAAGUUGAAGCUUCUCUAAGUACCAACUCUAGGAUCCCUGAUGACAUUGUAGACAUGGUUUCUAAAAGCAAUGCUGAUAGAGAAAAUCUGAAUACUGUUCAUAAAGCUGCGCAAACAUUUUUGGAAGUUUCUUUUAAUCUGAGCAACUUUGAGACCAGUGACACUGAUGAGGCAUCACAAGAAGACAACAGACUUUCCCAGGAUUCAGAGCGGUGGGAGAAGAAAGCUGUGAUUACAGAUGAUUCAUGUGUUCAGAAGAGCUGUGGGGAUAUAGGCUGCCGAGAAAUUGCAGGAAAAUUGCCACUACUGUCAUCUAUGGAUGACAAGCCUAAAGAGGCCCUCCCUGCUGAUGGGACUCUGUUGUCAGAGUUCUGUGAUAGAACCUGUGUGGGCUUCAAUUCAGGACCUCAUGGAGAUGCAAAAACUGGCAAAACACUAGAGGGACAGUGUCACAGUGACACAGGGAGCAGUUUGGACUCGUCGCUGGAGUGGAGUGAGGAUGUAGCAGGGGACAGCAGAGAAAAUGCUAGUCAAUCUAUCCAAGGAAAUGCAAUUCAUUGUGGUGCUGUUUCACCCUCAAAGAAACCCAAAGGUGUAAAUAGAAGCUUACAUAUUCCUUAUCUAAACACAGUCACUGAUUCAGCGCCUGAAAACUGUGACCUGUUCUCAGAAGCCAGGAAAUCACCUGCCACAGAAGUUUCGCAUGCUCUCCUAGAGUGUCCUCGUGAGCAUCGGGCUUCUCAGCAGCCUGUUGAGUUUCAAGGACAUCAGGUGAAAGGAUCUGCUACUAGUGAUGUAAUGAUCAGAGGACACAGCUUACAGCUAGGAUGCAGUCAGUUUCCAGAUAGCAUUGACUAUGAAAACUUCCUGACCGAUACUUGUGUUUGGACACCAGAAUUGCCUAGCACUUAUGGGCAGACGGACUUCUUGCAGGUGAUUUCUCCUGAACAAAAGAUCUCUGCAUUGAGCCCUGCACCUACUUUUUCUUUCAACACAAGAUAUGAAGACUCUGUGCUUGAGUUCUCUGAGGAGUCUCUGAAAACAAGGACGUUCCCUGGAUUGAAAAACAUUGGUUUUCAGGAGAGUAAGAACCUCCAGAGGAUUCCGUUUCUAAGUAGAGCCUCAGUUCCCUUUGUCACCUUGCCACCUGAUGAUGGGCCAGCUGUCUUAGAUCCUUGUUCAUUUAUGAUUCAUGCUGAUGCACAAGAGCCUUCUGGUUCUUCCAUGUUGAACCUGUGUGAAGAGUCAGGUCGUUCAUUCGACCUUGGACUUGAGGGUCAGGGUGGGACUCCAGGAGGUGUUUCACUGCUUCCUAAGAGUGCUACUCAAAGCAAGUGGAUGAAAUAUCAAAACCCACCCCAGUGCAACUCAACUGCUCCGCAAAGACUUGCCAGUGAGGUGACCGAGGGUCUCUUCACUGAAGCUGUGUCUGGCUUGCCUUUUAGCCACACAGGGGAGAGUGAAAGUUCUGUUGACCUUGUGCACUUGCAGAUGAUAAAAGGUGUGCUCUAUCAACAGCAGCAGGAUUUUAGCAGUCAAGAUUUGGUUUCCAGAAAGAAAGCUCUUUCUCUGAAUUUAAAUCAGACUUCCAAGACUGAGGAACUUCAGACUGUGUUGGAAAGCUCUGCCAGUAAGAACUGCAGAGUCAAAGAUCUACAGGAGAUAAAUAAUUCUGAUCUGUGCUUCCCAAAUGGGCAGAAAAUAAUAUCAGCUUAUCUUCCUCAAAGGCAAGUUCACAUACCCGCUGUUUUCCAGUCUCCUGCUCACUAUAGGCAGAUCUUUACAUCUUCCAUCAUAGAGCAUCUGAAUAUAUUGCUAUUUGAAUUGGCACAAAGGCUGUACAAAGCACUUUCCAAAGUUGACAUAUCCUUUUAUACAUCAUCAAAAGGAGAGACAAUGGGAAGUGGAAAAAAUAAUUCACCAUCUUGCCUCCAUAAUCAACCUGCCAAACUUGUCAUGGUUAAAAAAGAAGGUCCAAAUAAGGGCCGUCUCUUUUAUACAUGUGAUAAGUCAAAAGAUAAUCAAUGUAAAUUUUUCAAAUGGCUUGAGGAAGUGACUCCAGGACAGUUACCACAGAAUAAGUCUCAAUCCAACAUAAUUUUUAAUGAUAUUAAGAGUAUUGGCUCAUAUUUAAGAAGUCAAAAGGUACCAGUCUAUGAAGAAUGCCAGCUUUUGUUGAGGAAAGGAUUUGAUUUUCAGAGAAAACAGUAUGGUAAACUAAAGAAGCUUACAACUGUAAAUCCUGAAUUUUACAAUGAAACAAAAAGUAAGAUUUAUCUUAAACUGAGUCGGAAGGAGAGCUCUUCAGUUUAUAAUAAAGGUGAUCUUUGGGUUAUUUCAAAAACCCUAGACUUCAAACUAGAUACUUUCAUUGCAUGCAGUGCCUUCUUUGGGCCAUCUUCUGGCAACGAAGUGGAGCUGCUGCCUUUGAAAGGUUAUUUCCCUUCUAAUUGGCCCACCAACAUGACAGUCCAUGCAUUAUUGGUUUGUAAUGCCAGCACAGAGCUGACAACCCUGCAGAACAUUCAGGACUACUUUAACCCAGCUACUCUUCCACUAAUGCCAGACCUGUUAGCAAUGUCUCAGUCAGCUACAGUUAGCAAUAAAAAUGUAAGUAAAAGAAAAUUUAUCCCACCAGCCAUUACAAGCAUUAAAACAAAAACGGAACUCCUCCAUCUUGAAGCGACCUUGCAGUUAGCUAGGGAGUUUAUUAACGUACACAGGUUGAACAAGGAUCAAGCUACAGCACUAAUUCAGAUAGCUCAAAUGAUGGCAUCCCAAAGAAGUGAUGAAGAUGCCUUGGAGUCCUUCCGCCAUUCCCUGCCUAUCACAGUCAUUCAUGGUGUUUUUGGAGCAGGCAAAAGCUAUUUGUUGGCUGUGGUGAUUCUGUUCUUGGUAGAGCUGUUUGAAAAGUGUGAUUCUGGAACAGUUGGAAAUGCAAGGCCAUGGAAAGUCCUCAUUUCUUCUUCUACUAAUGUAGCUGUUGACAGAGUGCUUCUUGGGCUUCUCAGUCUUGGAUUUGAAAAGUUCAUCAGAGUUGGAAGUGUUAGGAAGAUUGCCAAGCCAAUUUUACCUUACAGCUUGCAUGCUGGCUCAGACAAUGAGAGUGAACAAUUGAAGGAGCUCAAUGCACUGAUGAAGGAAGAACUGACUCCUAUAGAAAGAGUUUAUGUCAGAAAAAGUAUCGAGCAGCAUAAGCUGGGAACCAACAGAGUCCUGCUAAAGCAGGUUCGAGUGGUUGGCGUUACCUGUGCAGCCUGCCCCUUCCCGUGUAUGAGUGACCUUAAGUUCCCUGUGGUUGUGCUGGAUGAGUGCAGUCAGAUGACAGAGCCAGCCUCACUUCUUCCCAUUGCCAGGUUUCAGUGUGAAAAGCUUAUUCUUGUUGGAGACCCCAAACAGCUGCCUCCUACGAUUCAGGGUUCUGAUGCAGCUCAUGAAAAUGGACUGGAACAAACUCUCUUUGACCGGCUUUGCUUAAUGGGUCACAAACCCAUUCUGUUAAGAACCCAAUACCGUUGUCAUCCUGCGAUCAGUGCCAUAGCUAAUGAUCUGUUUUAUGAAGGAAGCCUGGUGAAUGGCAUUUCAGAGAGAGAGAGGAGCCCUGUACUAGAGUGGCUGCCCACACUGUGUUUCUAUAACGUCACGGGAGCAGAGCAGGUUGAGAGAGAGAACAGCUUUGUGAAUGUGGCAGAAGCCACUUUUACCCUCAAGCUAAUCCAAUCAUUGAUCGCAAGUGGAGUAGAGAGCUGCAUGAUUGGGGUGAUAACAUUAUACAAAUCGCAGAUGUACAAGAUUUGCAGUUUGCUCAGUGCUGUGGACGUUGGUCAUCCUGAUGUUAAAGCUGUGCAGGUGUCCACAGUGGAUGCCUUUCAGGGCGCUGAGAAGGAAAUCACUAUUCUGUCCUGUGUGAGGACAAGACAAGUAGGGUUCAUUGACUCAGAAAAACGAAUGAACGUUGCAUUGACCAGAGGAAGGAGACAUUUGCUGAUUGUAGGAAGUUUGUCCUGUUUGAGGAAAAACCGACUAUGGGGGCGUGUGAUCCAACACUGUGAAGGAAGGGAAGAUGGAUUGCAGCAUGCAAGCCAGUGUAAACCACAGCUGGACCAUCUUCUUAAAGACUAUUUAGAAAAACAAGCAGAAGAAAAACAGAAAAGAAAGGAAAAAGAGAAAUCAAAGGAUAAAUCUCAUUAACAACAACAACAACAAAAAAAACCUUGGCAAGGGUGUUUCUAUUGUUGUAAAUCCAGAAUCUUUAUACUUAUUUUUAAUGUUUUUCUUUAAAGUCCCUGAUACAAACAAGUUUCAUUACUUAGAAUAAUGUACUGAAUAAGUGCGUGCAAAAAUGUGCUCUUUAAGGUGUGUAUAUAUUAAGAUAGGCAGAUACAGAUGCUUGUGUGACAGGCCGAUGUUUUGCUUGUGAAAGAAACAAAUUUUACAAGAGGCAGGAAACCAUUCCUGAGAUUAUCUGUAUGCAUAAAAAACACAGGACUG